AUGACAUUGCAACACUUUAAAGAGGUUGAUGCUAAUAAGAAUACGGAUUCUUCUAUCAUAAUAAGAUGCCCAUUUGAUUCUUGUAAUACCCGUAUUAUUAUGUUAUCUGACAAACUUUUGUCAAAUAAGUUAAACAUCCAAAAUUCACCAGAUAUGGUUCAAAUAUCUGAUAAUACAGACAGUAAAGCAAAUGAGUUUUUCAAAAUAAAUGAUGUAUGGGACUUUGAUAAUAUUGGAGUUUCAAGACCUUCAGAUGAUAUCAAACAGCCUAUUAUAGAAGAAAAUAAUAAAGUGCUCAAUAUUAAGAUAGAACGAUUGUUAAUUUGUAGUGAAUGUGAUAAAGGACCUAUUGGAUUUGCAGGAUUAGAGGAAGAUGAUACAGAUGUAAAGAACUUGAAAUACUUCUUAAGUUGCAACAGUGUAUUAUAUGAUAUUAAAUAA